CUUCACAACAAAUAAAAAGAAAUUGUAACCUGCUGCUGCAGACAUGCUUUUAUCGCUGUUGGUGUGCAGGAGAUGCUGUAACCAAGCUGAACUGAAACGAAGUCCGAGAACGUAUACAUGUGUCUGGAGGCGUUCUGCAUCUACGGCAGCGUGGGCCAAGUGGAGGAGCCUUAUGUCAGCAUCACCAGGAAGAAGCAGAUGCCCCGCGAGGGUCAGUCCGAGGAGGUGGAGCGGCAGGUGGGGCAGGCCGAGGGGAAACUGUUCACGCACCGAUCGGCGUUCUCCCGCACCUCUGUGAUCCAGGCCUUCCUGGGAUCGGCUCCCCAGCUCACCCUGCAGCUCUACAUCUGCGUGCUGCAGCGGGGGGUGUCUGUAGGAAGAGGCACUCUGAUGGUGAUCUCCCUUCUGUCCAUUGUGUACGGAGCACUGCGCUGCAACAUCCUGGCCAUUAAGAUCAAAUACGACGACUACGAGGUGGACAUCCAACCCAUGGCUUACCUCUGCAUCUUCCUGUGGCGAGGCUUCGAGAUCGCCACGCGCGUGGUGGUCCUGGUCCUGUUCAGCUCGGUGCUGCAGCUCUGGGUCCUGCCCGUGGUGUUCUUGAACUUCCUGGUUUUCUUCUUCUACCCGUGGAUCCUGUUCUGGCAGAGUCACUCGCCGUUCCCCGAGAACAUAGAGAAGACCCUCACCAGGGUGGGGACCACCAUCGUGCUGUGCCUGCUGACCUUCCUCUACGCCGGCAUCAACAUGUUCUGCUGGUCGGCCGUGCAAGUGAAGCUCAACGACCCGGACCUGAUCAACAAGUCCCAGAACUGGUACCGCAUGGCCGUGUACUACAUGGUGCGCUUCGCGGAGAACGCCACGCUGCUCCUGCUGUGGUACAUCUACAAGACGGACUUCUACGAGUUCAUCUUCGCGCCGCUGCUGGUGCUGCAGCUGCUGCUGGCCUACGCCAUCGGCAUCUUCUUCAUGCUGGUCUUCUACCAGUUCUGCCAUCCGUGCCGGAGGCUCUUCUCCUCCAGCAUGACGCAGGGCCUUUGGGAUUGCUCCUCCUUCCUCUGCUUCUUGUGCACUUCCGCUUCCCCCCUCAACCAGCCGAUAGGGAGCGCGCCACCGGAGGCGACCGCCCGCCGCCAGCCGUCCGACGACCGAGUCCACGACACGACGAGCGACAGCGCGGACGACGCGCCGAACGACACCACGUACGACAUGCUCAACGACACCACCUACGAUGUGACCACUGGGGAAAACAGCACCAGGGGUGGAGUCAACGGGGAUGUUGGCCACAUCGUGUCCUGCAAUGUCUAAAGCAAUCACAGCAGACUUCUCAAAGCGCCACACGUGUCCCCCUGUUGCUUUUACGGUCCUCUGAUCUCUGCUUUUAAAUAAGAGGAACAUAUGAGUUAAUUCUGCCUGCCCACAGAGAUGAUUAUCGCCCAUAUUCUCAGCCAUCAUCCUUCCUCCCGCAGGCUUUAUAAACACGCUGUAUAAGGAUCACCUAGAGCCCACGCUUUUAACCUGGUCGUCUUGGUGUGCGUUUUUUGGCAUGGAUGCAUGCAGAUGUCCCCGACCUCAGAUGAGGUGCAACAGCUAUUAAGUACCUGUCCUCGCCAGUUUUAUGGCUACAAGCGAUCAGCUUGAGUAUACUCCUCCAAUGAGAGCUUUGUGGUUCUCCCGCGCUGCUUCUGUGACGUGCCCCAGCUUGAUGACGAGUUGUUUGUUUCACACAAUAAAGAGCCGCUCCACACGCUACUGUAAAGCACAAGCAUUUCCCCGGAAGCCUAAUGGGCAUUUUUGCACGUUUACAAAAGAAAAGGUUUGUGUGUUUCGCUCAACAGUCAAGCAGCAGCCAUGGUGACGUGAAAUGCUAUCUUCGUCUCAUCACUUGGAACAUUUAGAGUACAAAAUGGACUUAAAUGAACUAAAUCACCGCAUAUAUCAAGUUUUCGGUCUUAAAUGUAAAAUUACGUCUCAGAAAGAAUGUCGGUGUGCUCGUUUUUUGCACCAACUCCUCUUUUGCCUCGUAUCCGCAGAGGAAACGCCAGAAUGCUUCUGUUUGUGAACAUUCGCAGCAAUUUAAGCAAAAACAUAAAAACGUUCUGACACACUAGAAAUUAGUGUUAUAAAAAGGUAAAUGCCUAGUUCAAAAUAAAUCUAUAUUUAUAUGUGAAACAUG